AUGAUCCACGAGCCGUACCUGGCCAGAUCCAAGUCACCGCUCGAGCGUCUACCAACAGAAAUAAUACAAGAGAUUUUUCUACGCUGUCUAGAGGUGAAUCUGCCCAGAGCCUCUCUCCAUGUUGCCAGGAGUCUCUCCGACCCCGUUAUCUAUUCAUGGCUUAUUCGACUUGCAUUCAGCGUUGCAAAGGCCGACCCAGAGAGCGAUGAGGAGGACCGAGAACCUUUUAUUACUCGGCAUUUCUUGCCCCCGCACGCGAUUGUCGGCUAUGUCAAACCUCCUGAAAUGGUGGCACUCCGAACACAGAUUCUUGGUUGCCGGUGGUGCACAUUGCCUGUGAUUCGAAGUUGUCAAGUUAAGUUUCUAAGCCACGUAUCCCGCCAUAUACGUCAAGAGAUCCAAAUUUCCCCAGAUGAUGGUCAUCUGUUCACUUCGUCGACUGUUAAGGGAGCUUUUGAAAACCUGAACCCCUAUCGCAGGACCGUCGAUGGAAAAUGUGAAACCGCCGAUUUGACCCUACGGGCCAACAAGCUAUUCAAGCCUUUUACCUCCGGCUCCGACUUCACAAUUGGAAUAUGGUUCAAUCUAGGCAUUGUCGCCAUCGAUACAGCGCAGGAUGUUGAGUUCCUAGGGAAUAAGUACUUUGAGCUUCCUUAUUGCCGCGAGACCGUGCUACCUCGCAAGUUGCUUGGUCCGCCGUGGACCGAGGACAAGUUCGAAUUCCUUGAACUGCUUUCAACGAAGGCGAUCUGUGAUAAAGAUAAAGAGUAUUAUCGUGCAACGAGAACCAUUCAGCGGGUCAUUCGUGACCGUGACUUCCCCACCUUCUUACGGUUGCUGAGCUUUUACAUCCUAAUCGAGGGGAAUAAAAGUCCGGUCCCAUUUCCAACUCGGAAUUCUGUGUUCAAGACCGCAUUGAGGUUUGCGGAGGCCUAUGAUGAUCCUUUCGUACGCGUUCUGGUCGAGGAUCGGUGGGAUCAUAUUGAUCCCGAAGAUUUCCGUCUUAAGGAGCAGCUGCUCUGCGCAGUGAGCGCCGACUAUCCCCCUUUUUGA